GUCCCACCCCUGUUCUUAGCGGCGAUGAAGCUGAAUUUCCGCCAGAAUCUUGAUCAGUUUCUGGGGUACCCGCCACACGGCGAAAAAAGACAUGGAUGCGACUGUGCUCAGUCUCGACAUAUGUCGACAUGAAAUGAAUGCCGCACUUCGUUGAUCUCCAAAGAUUGCAUUCAUGUGACCGCGCCGCGCAUCCGGCUCGAAACAUGUUUAAAAGACCUCACUUACUUAUGUUCAGAGACCCAAUAGGGUCUCCAGGUCUUGAGCCCCGACGUCAUGCCGCAUGAGCCGCGCAUCCGGCAUCCUGGAGCAGACCAGGAUCGUCCAUUUCCAGCUCUCCUAACCAAGCUCCACCAGUUGGCAACGCCUGCGGUGGAAGAUGAGUGGAUCGAACCAGAGGAAGCGAGCCUUUGUGGCACGCCCUACCGAAGGCCACAGCAGAAGAUCAGCCAUGCCGAGUUGAUGGCCCGACGCGAAUUUCCCGCGGUCGCCGAGCGGAUCCUUCGAGAGUUGCGCGGGGGGGGACGGGCGCCGAUUCAGCUCCCCUGCGGUGAGCACGAUGGAUGCCUUGCAACAAGUUCUGCCUUUGUCGCCGAAGGCUCCUGGAGCCCGUCGCGCCACCGUGGCGGCAGUGCUGUCGCUGGCGCCGGAGGAAGACGGGGUCGUCAUCCCUCGUCGGCGUGAGCAGACCUGGGCGGGACAGGAGGUGGAGGAGACCCGGAAGCUUGCAGAACUGGAGGACACAGAGGAGGAAGUUCCUGCUGUGCAUCGACAACCCUCUGGAGAGUCCAUUGCAAGCUCGAGUGCUUGCUGGAAACACCCAGACAGUGUGAUUUUCAUCAUUGACUGGGACGACACCAUCUUUCCAACGACCUGGAUACAGAAGAAGGAUUGGUUUGGCCAGUGGACGCGAGCCGUGAAGCUGGGUGAACUUCUUUGCAGCGAAGAUCUUGAUAUCUCAUCAGAAGAUCAAGCAUUUCUGGAUGAGUUGGAUCGAGUUGCAUCGUCCUUCCUUCUCGCGGCCAGCUAUCUGGGACACGUCAGUUGUGUGACGCUCGCUCAAAGACCUUGGCAAACACGAACCAUGCAAGCCUUCCUUCCAAAGCUGUCCACACAGUGGGAGAAGCUUCAAGUGUCUGUGAGCUAUGCUCGAGAGGAGAAGGCCUUUCAUGGGAACGAUGUCUUCAGCGAUCCCAAUCCGUCGGAGUACGAGAUGUUGCGGGAGAUGGCCUAUGCCAAGAAGAAGCAGAAGGCGAUGGAGCGGGUUCUGAGAAAUUUCUACAAAAAAAGGCAGUUGGAAGAACGUCAUCAGCCUGGGUGAUGGACCUGCUGAACGACGGGCCUUGCAAGAGAUCGGCUUUCAACACCUGAAUCCUGCGAGUCCACGGACUGGGACGAUCAAGUCCUUUCGCACCAAGACCGUGCCCUGGAGGGAGAGCCCUGCUGCUAUGAGCUCAUCGCUGAGCUUCAGAUGAUCAGCGCUUGGCUCAGUGCAUUGAGCUUUUUGGACGAGGACUUCGACGUGGACUUGAACGAAGGUGAAGAAGCUUUGAUGAAGAUACACAACAUGAUGAUGGACGUGGAGGCGGCGAACGCGUCCGACUGCUCCUCGAACUCCGGCUGAUUUUCUGCACGUCAUUUUGCAUGCAAACGCAUGCCGCCCAGAAUUUGACUAGCUAGCGUUAAAGUUAAA